AUGCGUUUUUCUGGUGUAGCAGCGGCCGCACUCAUAGGCAGCGCUGGUGCCACUUUCAAGUUCAUGGAGCAUGACCAACUGGCUGCGAUCGGAGUAGUCAACUUAGGUCUCGACGUGGCCCAAAAUGGCUAUCCUAACGAGAAGUCUCGUCUCACAAAAUCUGAAAAGUUCAACUAUAUUGACGCCGUCAAGUGUCUCCACCAGAAGCCUGCUCUGACCCCAGCCGCCAUUGCAUCGGGGGCUAAAAGUCGUUACGAUGAUUUCGUCGUAACUCAUGUCCUUCAGACUAACUGGGUCCAUGGAAAUUUCAAUUUUCUCUCCUGGCAUCGUUACUAUAUCUGGGCCUACGAGCAACUGCUACGCAAUGAGUGUGGUUACAAAGGACAUCUACCUUACUACAAUUGGGCAUGGUGGUCUGACGACCCUGCAAAGUCACCGUUGUUCGAUGGCAGUGAAACAAGCAUGUCAGAUGGUGGAGCCUUUGUCCCUGGGAAAAACUUUACAUGCGUUCCCAACGAAGCAAGGUGUAACAUCAAGCUCGCACCUGGCAGCGGCGGCGGCUGUGUGUCCGGACCACUGGCAAACUGGACUGUCAACAUAGGACCUAUCCAAACGAAGGCCAAGGGCAUCAAGCCAAACCCGCAAGCUGAUGGUCUUGGCUGGAAUCCUAGAUGUCUCAGCCGCGACUUGAAUAAACAAGCCGCCUUUGCAUGCCGGGAUGAAAUUGUAACGGCACUUAUCAGGGACAACAAGGACGUUUUGUCGUUCCAGAACAGGAUGCAGGGUGAUUUCCCCGCUGGAUACCAGGGUGUCCACAGUGGUGGUCACUAUACCAUUGGUGGUGAUACUGGCUCAGACUUCUACAACUCUCCGGCUGACCCUGCGUUCUUUUUCCACCACGCAAUGAUUGAUCGCGUCUGGUGGAUCUGGCAGAACCAAGACCUCAAGAACAGGCGCAACGCGAUUGCGGGGACUAUGACCUUCUUGAAUAUUCCUCCCACCCGCAACGGUACUCUGGAAGAUACUCUGAGCUUAGGAUCAAUGCUGGAAGACGCCUUCCCCAACAUCACAGUGGCUGAUGCCAUGACUACGCUUGGUGGACCGUUCUGCUACAUCUACGCAUAG